AUGGCGCUAACCUCCCAAGGCAUCACCCUGCGUUCCCCGCCAGCGGGCCCCCGCGGCCACGGCGGGAGGCGGUCCUCUUCCGUACCCGCCGCCGCGGUCCCGCGCGGCUGGGGGCAGCCUCACGCGGGGCAAGCCUUAUCCAUCUCGCCCGCCAGGUACGAACCCGCCGCCCGCCCACCACGGGGAGGCUCCUCCUCCUCCGCCAUACGCGCCGCCGCCUCGGCCGGCGCGCAGCCCGGCAGCGACCCGGUUCCCGCCGAGCCCAGAAUCGAGCUCCCCGCGAUAUUUACCGUCUUCUCCGAGGCCGCUAAGACCGGCGCUGCCUUCUUCAUCGCCUCAUCGGGCGCGGCUUUCCUCCUCGGCUCGUUUGGGGGGUUCGGAGGCGGCGCUGGGGGUCUCUUCGGCGGCGGUGGUGGAGGGGGUGGAUGGGGCGCGGGGGGUGGUGGUGCCGGUGGCGGAGGGGGUGGAGACUUCUGGUCCGGGCUGUUCUCCGUCGGCGCGGCGCACGCGGACGACAAGUCCUCGGGGGAUUGGGACGCGCACGGGCUCCCCGUCAACAUGACGGUGCCGCUCACGAAGCUGAGCGGGCUGAAGAGGUACAAGCUGUCUGAGCUCAAGUUCUUUGACCGGGCAGCCGGCGGCGGUGGCGCCUACACAGGGCCGGAGGAUUCCUUCUUCGAAAUGGUGACACUGCAGCCUGGUGGCGUGUACACCAAGUCGCAGCUGCUGAAGGAGCUCGAGACACUCGUCUCCUGUGGCAUGUUUGAGCGGGUUGAUCUGGAGGUGAAGCCCAAGCCGGAUAACACAAUUGGGCUCACAGUCUCCUUUGUGGAGAGUGUGUGGAGUGCCGCAAAGCAGUUCAAGUGCAUCAAUGUGGGGCUUAUGUCACAGUCAGGGCAGGUUGACUUCGACCAGGACAUGACUGAGAGGGAGAAAAUGGAUUACCUCCGCAAGCAGGAACGUGAUUACCAGCAGCGUGUACGGGGUGCCAAGCCCUGCAUCUUGCCAGAAAAUGUGCGUGGAGAGGUGCUGGGAAUGAUGAAGAAGCAGGAGAAGGUGAGCGCCAGGAUGCUGCAGAAGAUCAGGGACCAUGUCCAGAAAUGGUACCACAACGAGGGUUUUGUGUGCGCACAGGUGGUUAACUUUGGAAACCUUAACACCAAUGAGGUUGUGUGUGAGGUGGUUGAGGGUGAUAUCACCAAGGUGGAGUACCAGUUCCAGGAUAAGCUUGGAAAUAUUGUUGAGGGAAAUACCCAGCUUCCGAUCAUAGACCGAGAGCUGCCCCAACAGCUUCGACCUGGCCACAUCUUUAACAUUGGAGCAGGGAAACAGGCUCUGAAGAAUAUAAAUUCACUUGCUUUGUUUUCCAAUAUAGAAGUUAAUCCACGUCCUGAUGAGACAAAGGAAGGGGGCAUAGUAGUUGAAAUUAAGCUCAAGGAACUGGAACCCAAGUCAGCUGAAGUAAGCACAGAAUGGAGUAUUGUACCUGGGCGUGAAGGGCGACCAACUUUGGCAUCCAUACAACCUGGAGGAACUGUGUCAUUUGAGCACCGGAACAUCUAUGGUCUUAAUAGAUCUAUUGUUGGUUCUGUUACAUCCAGCAACCUGCUGAACCCUCAGGAUGAUCUUUCAUUCAAGCUUGAGUAUGUCCAUCCUUAUUUGGAUGGUGUGGAUGAUCGUAGUAAAAACCGCACAUUCAAAACUAGCUGCUUCAACACGAGGAAAUUGAGUCCUGUCUUUGUUGCUGGUCCCAACAUGGAUGAGGCUCCGCCUGUUUGGAUCGAUAGAGUUGGAUUUAAAGCCAACAUAACAGAGAGCUUCACACGACAAAGCAAAUUCACAUAUGGCCUCGUGGUUGAAGAGAUUACAACACGUGAUGAAACUAAUUCUAUCUGUACCCAUGGUUCUCGAGCAAUGCCUAGCGGCGGUUUGAGCAUGGAUGGACCUCCCACAACCCUCAGUGGUACUGGAGUUGACCGAAUGGCAUUCCUUCAGGCUAAUAUAACCCGUGACAAUACUGAGUUUGUGAAUGGUGCAAUUGUUGGAGACAGAUACAUUUUCCAGUUGGACCAAGGUCUUGGCAUCGGAAGCAAAAACCCAUUCUUCAACCGUCAUCAACUUACUCUGACCAAGUUCAUCAAUUUAAAUAAGCAAGGGAAAGGUGCUGGCAAGCCACUACCAGCUGUUUUAGUUCUUCAUGGUCAUUAUGCUGGUUGUGUGGGUGAUUUGCCAAGCUAUGACGCAUUUGCACUUGGAGGGCCUUACUCUGUUAGGGGCUUUAGUAACGGUGAACUGGGCGCAUCUAGGAAUAUUCUUGAGGUUGCUACAGAGUUGCGCAUCCCUGUAAGAAACACACACGUUUAUGCAUUUGCUGAACAUGGGACUGACCUUGGGAGUUCCAAGGAUGUGAAAGGGAACCCUACAGAGUUUUUCAGGCGUGUUGGUCAUGGAUCUUCAUAUGGUGUUGGUGUCAAGCUUGGGUUGCUGACGAACGCUUCCCAGCAAGGCCGCCACGGCCGCGUUCUCCACCUCGUCUUCGCCCACCUCCGACGCGGCGAUCGCGGCUUGGUGGACCCGCACCCCGCGGCCGUCCCCACGGCGCUCCGCGCCUGCGCGCGCCUCGGAAACGCCUCCUCUGGCCGCCUAAUCCACGCGGUCGUCCUCACCCGGUUCCCGUCCCUCGCCUCCGACGCCGUCGCCGCCACCGCGCUUCUCGACAUGUACGCCAAAUGUGGCCUCGUCGCGAGUGCCCAGAAGGUGUUCGACGAAAUGCCGCGUAGGGAUGACUUCGUCGCCUGGAACGCGCUGGUCGCAUGCUAUGCGCGCCACGCCCCCCCCAGAGCGUGCGCUGGCGCUGGCCAUCAAAAUGCGGGGCCAGUGCCUGUGCCCCGACCUGAUGACAUGGAACGCCGUCGUCUCCGGUUUCGCACUGGCCGGCGACGACCAGAUGGCCGGGGAAUUGAUCGGCGCCAUGGAGGACGGGUUCCAGCCAGACGUGGUCCCUUGGACAUCGCUUGUAUCUGGCUCGGUGCUGAACUUUCAGUAUGCCAGGGCACGCGUGCUGUUCCGGAGAAUGAUGACCACUGGCAACCCUGUCCUGCCGAGCUCGACCACGAUUGCCAGCAUCCUGCCUGCCUUCGCCAAUGUCGCUGA